AUGGAGGUCGCCACCGCGAACUCCGCGCCGGCUGGCGCCGGCAUUCGAUGCAUGCAGGAAGUCUGCGACGUCAGUCGCGUCGAGCGCAUCGCCGCGCACUCGCACAUUCGCGGCCUCGGGCUGACAGACGCGCUGCAGCCGCGGAAGUUCUCGCAGGGCAUGGUGGGGCAACCCGACGCACGAAAAGCGGCAGGCCUCGUGUGCAAGCUGGUCAAGGCGGGCAGAAUCGCAGGCCGCGCGGUGCUCCUCGCCGGUCAGCCCGGCAGCGGAAAAACUGCGAUUGCCAUGGCUGUCGCGAAAGAGUUGGGCGAGUCUACGCCGUUCACACACAUCAGCGGGAGCGAAAUUUUCAGCUUGGAAAUGUCUAAAACCGAGGCUCUCACUCAAGCCUUCCGGCGCUCCAUCAACGUCCUCAUCAAGCAAGAGGCUGAAAUCAUCGAAGGAGAGGUUGUGGAGAUCGAGAUCAAUCGCCCGACGAGCGCCAAGCCUGGGCAGCCGACGGCGCGCACGGGGCGAAUGAUGCUCAAAACUACCGAGAUGGAAACUCUCUACGACCUCGGCACCAAAAUGAUUGAUGCACUCACAAAGGAGGGCGUGACUGCCGGCGACGUCAUCACCAUCGAUAAAAGCACCGGGAAGGUGACGCGCGUCGGCCGCGGCUUCUCACGCGCGAAGGACUACGACGCUGUCGGGCCUGCGACGCGCUUCGUGCAGUGCCCCGAGGGCGAGCUGCAGAAGCGGAAGGAAGUGGUGCACUCCGUGACGCUCCACGAGAUCGACGUCAUCAACAGCCGAGCUCAAGGCUUCCUCGCGCUCUUCGCUGGCGAUACGGGAGAAAUUAAAAGUGAAGUCCGCGAGCAAAUUGAUCAGAAGGUCGCUGAUUGGCGCGCAGAGGGCAAGGCCGACGUCGUUCCGGGCGUCUUGUUCAUCGACGAAGUCCACAUGCUGGACAUCGAGUGUUUUUCCUUCCUGAACCGUGCGCUGGAGCACGAAACGUCGCCGAUUGUCAUCAUGGCUACCAACCGUGGCAUCACGACGAUUCGCGGCACGGACUACAAGUCUCCUCACGGCAUUCCACUGGACCUUCUCGACCGCACUCUGAUUAUUCCCACGCAGCCCUACGAGGAGAAGGACAUGCUCAAGAUCAUUGAGCUGCGUGCGGAGGAAGAAGACGUCGAGCUCGAGGAGAACGCGCGGCUGUUGCUGUGCAAAAUCGCUGCGGAGUGUUCGCUCCGCUACGCGCUGCAUCUCAUCACCGUCGCGAAUCUGGUCUGUCGGAAGCGAAAGGGCGCUGUCGUCACCGUGCAGGACGUCCGCCGAGUCUAUUCGCUCUUCAUGGAUGUCAAGCGAUCCACGCAGUAUUUAGUGGAGUACCAACAAGAAUUUAUGUUUUCCGAGUUGCCGGCGCAUCAGGGCCCGCAGGCGUCCGCGUCGCAAGCGGUGCGGCAGGCGGCGAAGGCCGAGAAGGGGGACGCGUCGCCAGAGGCGAGGCCGCAGAGCAUGGACGUCGAGCCGUAA